ACGAACAGAAAAAAAAAUUACUUCUCUCACCACAUUUCUCUAGAUCCUUCGAAAUCACGUGCUUCUCACAUGGCUCCGGAGCUUACACAAACCAACACUGCUAAAUCCGCCGUUACGAUAACUAAACCGCCACCGCAAAUCUACGGCGGUGAUCGAGCUUACGUGACAUUUCUGGCCGGGAACGGUGAUUACGUGAAAGGAGUCGUUGGUUUAGCCAAAGGAUUAAGAAAAGUCAAAUCCGCGCAUCCACUCGUUGUGGCGGUAUUACCAGAUGUUCCGGAGGAACACCGUCGAUUACUUGUGGAACAAGGUUGCAUUGUCCGUGAAAUCGAACCCGUUUACCCACCGGAGAACCAAACUCAAUUUGCUAUGGCUUAUUACGUCAUCAAUUACUCCAAACUCCGUAUCUGGAAGUUUGUGGAGUACAGUAAAUUGAUAUAUCUAGAUGGAGACAUUCAAGUUUAUGAUAACAUCGACCACUUGUUCGAUCUUGACGAUGGCUAUUUCUACGCGGUGAUGGACUGUUUUUGCGAGAAAACAUGGAGUCACACGCCGCAAUACAAGAUCGGAUACUGCCAACAGUGCCCUGAAAAGGUUCAGUGGCCAAAGGCAGAGCUUGGAGAGCCACCGGCUCUCUACUUCAACGCCGGAAUGUUUGUUUUCGAACCUGAUCUCAAUACUUACGAGGAUCUUUUAAGGACCCUUAAAAUCACUCCCCCAACUCCUUUCGCUGAACAGGACUUUCUGAACAUGUAUUUCAAGAAAAUCUACAAGCCAAUUCCUUUAGUUUACAAUCUUGUCCUAGCGAUGCUAUGGCGUCACCCUGAAAAUGUGGAACUCGAUAAAGUCAAGGUGGUUCACUACUGUGCAGCGGGUUCGAAGCCAUGGAGAUACACUGGGAAAGAAACAAAUAUGGAGAGAGAAGACAUCAAAAUGUUAGUGAACAAAUGGUGGGACAUUUACAACGAUGAUUCCUUGGAUUACACGAAAUCUGUGGCCGACCUCGAGAGAGACUCAGAUAUGGUGAACCUGAAGCCGUUUAUCACCGCUCUUACUGAAGCUGGGCGGGUCAAGUACGUGACUGCACCGUCAGCUGCUUGAAUGUCAAAAUUGUUUACUAGUUGAAUUGGGGGUUGUAGUGUGUUGCGUCGACAACCACACAUUCUGCCUCUUGUUUCAUGUGCCUUUGCGGUUGACAUGUGAAUUUGUAUCGUCUUUGCUUUUUAGUCUAUGAUGCAAGCUUUCUUGAAUUUUUUUUUUUUAUAUGGUAUAGUGUUCUGAUGUUCAAAUUUAAAUAACGAGAUUAAUAUCUUAAAAGUAAA